CCUAUAUUCUUUGAAUAGCUCGGUAAGCCCAUUGAAAUCUCAAGCUAACGCUGCUUAGAGUAUCAACUUAUAAUGUAAAUAAUAUUAGCAUAUACGUAUAAAUUCUUCCUUACUAGGUAGGUACAUAUAUGUACUCAGUCACUAUAUUUAAGCAUUAUUGUAUAAUCUAUAGUUUUAAUUUUAGACAUUUCAAAGUAAUAUCUGUGGUAUAAUAUUAGUUAAAAUUUAUAUCGUAUUGAUAUUUUCUGAAUUGAUUUGAGCAUUGGAUUUAAUAGAUAUUUUGUCAAUUUCACCUGAGUGUGAUUCAAAAUAAACAUAAUAUAUAAUCACGUCUAUAUCCCUUGUGGGCUAGAGAGAGCCAACAGUCUUGAAAAUACUAAUAGGCCACGUUCAGCUGCUUGGCUUAAAGAGAGAAGUGACAGGUUGCUAGCCCAUCGCCUAAAAGAGGAAUCCCAAAUUAAUCAAUCCAAAGAGAUGGAGUGGGUCUAUUCUUUAUUCUAUUGGUGCCACGCCACACGGCGUUUAAAAUAAAUUACAUUGAAAUAUUAUCUAUCUAUACAUAAGAUUAUAAUAAAACAGUAAAAAUAUUUUGUCUGUACAUUUAGUAUUUUUGACUGAAAUGAACAGAGGGACACUUAGAAUGAAUAAUAGAAAGCAAAGAAUUUUACCAAUAAUACCAAUAGCUUUGUUUUAACUUAGAAAAACAUUUAAAGUUUGUUUCAUCAAAAUCGGUUCACUAAAAAAAUUGUCAUUUGAAUUAACUCAAGGCACGAGUUUGCCUGCAAAUAAGUUACGAAAUUAAAAAUUCAGUCAUUAAUCAUUGUACGACAGCAUUAUACCUAAUAACAUCUAAACUAAUAUUAUAAAGCUGAAGAGUUUGUUUUUGAAUCUCAGGAACCACUGGUUCGUAUUGAAAAAUUCUUUUUGCGUUGAAUAGACCAUUUAUCGAGGAAGGAUUUAGGCUAUAUAACAUCACGCUGCAACUAUAAGGAGCAAAGAAAUAAUGGAAUAUGUGAAAAAACGGGAAAAAUUAUUCAUCCUUGAGGGCUUCAAUGAUGCCCAAAACAACUAUUCCACGCGGACGAAGUUGCGGGCAGAGCUGGUAUAUAAUAAAUAAUAUGUGGUUCCUUAUCUAUUAGUUAUCUAUGAGGUUUGAGAGUGCACUAAAACUACUAAAAGACAAUUUCGCGGAAUAGAUAUACCUAACCUGGAUUUUUGCUUUUACUUAAAUUAUAAAGCUUAAUCCGCUCAGGACUGUUGGCUCUGUCUACCCCGCAAGGGAUAUAGACGUGAUUAUAUGUAUGUAUGUAUAUAUAAAGCUUAAUUUGGUAUGCCAUUACCUAUUUAACUUUGUAAUUUAUACAUUUUCCAUUUCAUUUGUUAUGCUAACUACGCGGGUCAAUGCAUGAUUAAUUAGUACCUAUGUUUAUUUUUGUGGGUUGUUUGUGGUAAACUUCAAAUUUUCCCCUUGUAAAAAGUUAAUUUUUAUUCGUUAAAGAAAUUUUCACAACAUGUUUGGACAAUGGAAAAUUAAAAAUAUAGUCACGUCUAAACCCUUUACAGGGUAGACUUUCAACUAUUUUGUUCCAAAGAAUCCUACGUUAUUCUAAAAAGUCAAUUCUUGCUACCCAUUUUCACCAUACAGGUUUUGUCUUAAAUUCAUUCGCGGUUUCUAUGGUUACGACUGUUAGGCUCUGGAAUUCACUUCGGGAGUCCAUUAGGACAUCUCCAAGCCGUUCUAGUUUCGAAUAGCACAUACAGGUUUCGUGUAAGUCACAAAGGUCUUUAGUACAAAUACAGGUUUCUCGUAAGUUACGAAGGUCUGUAGUAAAGGUAUUUCUCGACUUUCGGUAAUCCCUGCGCCUAUUUAUUUAUGUGUAUUGAUUAUUUAUUAUAAUUUUUUGUAUGUUUCCAUAGGUAAAUAUAGAUUAAUGCAUUUAUAUAGUUUGAUCCCAUCUAAAGUUUUCCGUCAGACCCAGUCUGGUAUAUAAUGCUUCUAGCCAGUGUAUACAUGUGCUAUACAUUUGUAUUUUGUACAAUACAGUUUAAAUAAAUAAAUAGACAGAGCCCUGAAAAGGCUGAAAGGCCAUAUUAUAAGAUUUAAGUUAUAUAAAACAAAUAUCAUUUCUUUUGUGCACACAGCCGUGUGGUUCCCGGCACCAUUACAAAAAAGAAUAGGACCACUCCAUCUCUUUCCCAUGGAUGUCGUAAAAGGCGACUAAGGGAUAGGCUUACAAACUUGGGAUUCUUUUUUAGGCGAUGGGCUAGCAACCUGUCACUAGUUGAAUCUCAAUUCUAUCGUUAAGCCAAAUAGCUGAACGUGGCCAUUCAGUCUUUUCAAGACUGUUGGCUCUGUCUACCCCGCAAGGGAUAUAGACGUGACGGUAUGUAUGUAUGUAUGUAUGUAUCAUUUCUUUUUAAACUUUCCCAUGUUAAGAUCAUUUGAUCAACCAAUUUUUAUGAGAGGGUUUUUUUACUUUUUGCCUUUACUGCUUUUAUGCAACUACUCAAUAAAAAGGAAUAGGUCCACUCCAUCGCGUUCUCAUGGAUGUCGUAAAACGGCUUGAAUCUUAAUUCUAUCAUUAAGCCAAACAGCUGAACCGGUCUAUCAGUCUUUUCAAGACUGCUGGCUCUGUAUAUCCCGCAAGGUAUAUGGACGGGGUUAUAUGUAUGUAUGUAUGGAACUACUCAGUAAUAAUACUAAGAGAAGGAGAAUAAUCUCCUCCUGUAAAAUUUUAGAAGUUACAUACAUACAUAUGGUCACGUCUAUAUCCCUAGCGGGGUAGACAGAGCCAACAGUCUUGAAAAGACUCUCUGAGUUAAGAUUCAAAUAGUGACAGGUUGCUAGCCCAUCGCCUAAAAAAGAAUCCUAAGUUUGUAAGCCUAUCCCUUAGUCGCCUUUUACGACAUCCACGGGAAAGAGAUGGAGUGGUCCAUUAUUUUUUGUAUUGGUGUCGGGAACCACACGGCAUUAAUACAAAAAAUAAAGAGAAGUUAGAAGUUAACAAGUAAAAAUUCAAAAUGUGUACUUACCAUAGAAAGAUAUCUAUCUAUAGGUAACUACUAUAUUUAUACCUUACAUGAAAUAACAAAUCCACAUACAAUUACGUCUAUAUCCCUUGCGGUAUAGGCAGAGUCAGCAGUCUUGAAUAGCUACUUUUAUAUUAAAGUGUAUAGGUGCAGAUAUAAGACAGUGCCAGUUACUUUUACAGUUAAUAUUGAUCGUAUAUAGGUACCUAGACAAACAUUGUAUGAUCAUUGAUCAGACAUCUUUCCCGGAGAUGUAAGCAAAAACUAUUUGACUAGGUUCUUAAACACUAUUUGCUUCUUGGCUCGAUCCUUGGUUUCAAUUAUUGGUAACAAUUAUGGCUUUAAAAGGUAUAAAAGUUAUUGAAAUGAUGGGGUUAGCUCCUGGCCCUUUUUGUGGAUCUAUCUUAGCUGAUUUUGGGGCAAUGGUUACUGUUAUUCAGAAAAUGCAACCAAGUCCAUUUGAUGUUAUGUCAAAUGGAAAACGAAUGAUUUCCAUUGACCUAAAGCGCGAAGAAGGGAUUACUAUAGUAAAGAACAUGUGUUCAAAAUCAGAUGUAUUUUUAGAUACAUUUCGACCAGGCGUUUUAGAAAAAAUAGGACUGGGACCGAAUGAACUUUUAAUGGCAAAUCCUCGUUUAAUAUACGCAAGGUUGACUGGUUAUGGCCAGAACGGCUAUUUAAAGGAUAAAGCAGGACAUGACAUAAACUACGUUGCCAUGUCCGGAAUAUUGUCAUUAUUACGAAGUCGAGAUCGCGUGCCGUCACCACCAAUAAAUCUCCUUGCUGAUUUCGCAGGUGGUAGUGUAUUGUGUACUCUAGGUAUUGUGUUAGCCCUAUUUGAAAGAACGAUAUCGGGAAAAGGACAGAUUAUUGAUGCGAACAUGACUGAAGGCGUAGCAUAUAUUGCAUCAUGGCUAUUUAGAUCAAGAAAUCUACCGAUAUGGUCGGGAGAACCAGGCACAAACGUUCUAGAUGGUGGCGUGCCAUUUUACAAGACAUAUCGAACUAAAGAUAAUAAAUUUAUGGCUGUCGGAGCUCUAGAGCCACAAUUUUAUUCCGAGUUUUUAAAAGGUUUAAAACUCUCAGAAGAUGAAUACGGGCAAAGUGACUUGGAAAAAUGUUCAAAAAAGUUUGAGGAACUAUUUUUACAAAAAACUCAAGAUGAAUGGUGCUGCAUAUUUGAUCAAUUGGAUGCUUGUGUAACACCGGUACUGGAAUUUGAUAGCGUAGAUCGUCAAAAAUACUAUGCACAAAGAAAUUUUUUUAACAGAAACUCUAAUAAUUGCAUCGUACCUGACCCAGUACCAAAAUUUUCAAAGACACCUGGAAAAUCGGUGGGGACAAAACCUUUACCAAAGCCAGGUCAAGAUACAGUAGAUAUUUUGAGGGAAUUGGGUUAUGACAAAAUGUAUAUAAAUGAAUUAAUAAAGAAAGGUUUAGUUUAUAGUAGUAAAAAAUGUAACUUAUAAAAUCAGCAGGUAUCUAGUUAUAUACAUCAAUAAUACUGUUAUAUUGUCAUAUUCUAUAUGUAUAUUAUUUUUAUUUAUUUUACAUACAUACAAUAUUAUAAAGGGAAAAUAUUUGUAAUUUAAUUUGUAAUAAUAAACCUCAACAAGUAAAAUAAUUGGACUGAAUUUGAAAGAUUUAGACAUAGGCUGGGAAAUUCUCAUGGGAACGGGAAUAUAAUUUAACAAGUGGAACUGCGGUUUACAACUAGUAAAUAAAUAAUCUGUGAAGUAUAAUGAAGUUUCAAGGUUUGUUGUAUGUAGAAAGUAACAAUUUAGUUUCAAUAAAAUCAGUUUUAAGAUUUGUAUAAAGAUCAUUAUUUAAGAAUAAGUUUUCAUUUAUAUCUAUACUAUUUAUUAUUGUUGAUAGAACUUUUAUAUCAAACCUGAUAUGAUUUUCUCCUAAUUUAUGGUCAUUAAAUCGUAAAUUUAUAUUU